AUGCCCAAUCUGGGGGGGCCCAGCGUCGGGGCACGCCGGCUCUACGCGGGGGCGCUGCAGGCCAUGAUCCUGUACGGCGCCCCCGUGUGGGCCGGCAGGGCGGCCGAGUCCCCAUUGGUGGCUCGGCUGCUGCGGGCGGUGCAACGGCCAGUUGCCUUGAGGGUGGCGCGCGCAUAUAGGACUACAUCCUAUGUCGCGGCCACCCUCUUGGCGGGCCUUCCACCCCUGGAGCUCCUGGCACUCAAGUACCGGGAGAUCUUCCUGGCGGUGCGGGAGCUCCGGGGGAGAGGGGACCCCGUCUCCGCGGGUGCUAUCCGGGAGGUGAAGAGGAGGGCGCAUGCCUCCUUGCUGGAGGCGUGGAGUGCCCGCCUCCAGGCGUGGGGACAGCAGCGGGGAGGAGAGGGGGGGGUGGUGCGAGCCAUCCUCCCCAACUUGAAGGGGUGGCUGGAGAGGGGCUUUGCCCCCUCCUUUCACGCGACACAGGUGCUCACCGGGCACGGUUGCUUCGGUGAGUACCUGUGUCGCAUUGGGCGGGAGGCAUCCGCGCGAUGCCACCAUUGUGGGGACGAGAGGGACACGGCGCGACACACCCUGGUGCAAUGUCCUGCGUGGGGUGUGGAGCGCCGUGCCCUCUCUGCUGUGGUGGGGUCGGAUGUGGGGCUGCCGGCCAUUAUGAGUGGGGCCGUCGGGGACCCCGCAGUGUGGGCGGCCUUCUCCGUCUUCUCCGGCAGCGUAAUGCGGCGUAAGGAGGAGGCGGAGAGGGCCAGGGAACGGGAGGGCCUUCGG